GGAGGCUUAGGAAUUCCCUAAGGAGGGAAAUGUGAUUUUUUAUUUUAUAGAUAAAGAAGACAAGAGAGAGAGAGAGAGAGAGAGAGAGAGAGAGAGAUGGCCGGAUCGGCCGAUGAAGAAAACCUCUCUAUGAAGAUGGAUUCCGAGUGGAACGAAGAGGCCGAGGAGGAGCUUCGGGCCAUUGAGUCUGCCUACGCCGUUGCAAAGCGGAAAAAUUCCGAUUUCGACCUCGAGGAAUCCUCAUCGCAGCGCCGCCGCCUACCCGGCUGGGCCAACGCGGCUUCACCAUAUGGAAGAAAGACGCACGAUCUAUGCGAUGGAAAUGUCCAUCACAUUAGCAAGAUUGAUGGGUCUCCUUUCCGUUGCCCUAAGAAUGGAUUUUGUACUUUUUCUCCGACACCUUGCCAAGCUUAUUUAACACCAAGGCAUCCAGUAUUUACUUUUGGUGGACGCACUGUCUACAGCAAAACCUCUGCUGAGGUGGAGCAAACAACAAAAGAGAUUUUGGAUAAAAUUGAACAGUUGAAACAUGAUGCAAAUGAAAUCUCUCUUGGAUUUGAUUUAGAGUGGAAACCUAUUUUCUCAAAAGGGACAGCACCUCGAAAAACUGCUGUAUUGCAAAUAUGCAUGGAUUCUUCUGAUUGUUAUGUUAUGCACAUUAUUCAUUCUGGUAUACCCCCUAUAUUGAAAUCACUCUUGGAGGAUUCUUCAUCUUUCAAGGUUGGAAUAGGAAUAGCCAAUGAUGCAACAAAGAUCUCAAGGGACUACAAUGUUUGUUUAACAUCGUUAGUAGAUUUGUCAAGAUAUGCAAAUUUCAAGCUUGGUGGAGCUCCCAAGAAUUGGGGACUUUGUUCUUUAAUAGAGAUGCUUACAUGCAAACAGUUAUUGAAGUCGAAUAAAAUAAGAAUGGGGGAUUGGGAAGCCAGUGAGCUAUCAAAGGACCAACUUCACUACGCUGCUACAGAUGCUUUUGCUUCUUGGUACUUGUAUCAGAUUCUGAAAACCUUUCCAGAUCCAAAACCUAAAACUUAGGUUGGGAGAAACCCAAUAUUUUGCAAAUAUCAGCUCUCAAUGCAGGAAGUGAAAUUUCAGUUAGUCAGCACAGCAUAAUUGCCAUAUAUCUGUAUGGUUCCAAACUCUAAGGUAAAGUUGGAAGAAAUUAUGACAAUUGUUAGCAUUAGGGCUUACCAAGUGUAGCAUAGCAAGUGCUCAUAAGAACAAGUUGUACCUGACAAGAACUUCUGGGAACAGAAAUCCUAUGGACAAAGCUCUUAAAUUAAUUAUUGCAGUGAAGGAAGUAAAGAUUGCCCCCUGCUCA